AUGGACUGCGAGACAGAACCCUUUCUCAAGGGCGGAAAGCCAGCGCCUGACGACCGCCCGCCACUGGCAGCAGCUGCCAAGCGGACCUGGCGGCGGUCGACACGUGACACCCUUGUGGCUGCCCUCUUCCUGGCCAUCUGCCUCGUGUCCUACCGCGUGGCCCAUGGCCACGGCGACUCGCCGCCGGCCGUCACCUACCCGGGCGAGCAGAUCGCGUGGACGCCGUGCGGCACGCUGGCCAACCGCACGCUCGAGUGCAGCGCCAUCACCGUGCCCAUGGACCAAUUCAACGCAAGCAACAACCAGCCCGGCAACAAGAACUUCACCAUCCCGCUGCUGCGCCUGCGCAGCCCCAGCGCCACCACCGCCGCCGGCGCCCGCACCCCCAACCUGCUGCUCAACCCGGGCGGCCCGGGCGGCUCGGGCACCGAGUUCAUCUACCGCCGCGGCGCCCAGCUGGCCGCCAUCGUCGGCGACGGCUUCCACCUGCUGAGCUUCGACCCGCGCGGCGUGAACGGCUCGCGCCCCGCCGCCCGCUGCUACCCGACGCGCGACGACCGCCGCCGCCUCGCCGUCGUGCGCGACAAGAAGCCCGUCGAGGACAGCGGCGAGCUGUGGGCCUGGACCGCCAACUUCGUCCAGGCCUGCCGCGACACCAUGGGCGAGUGGGGCGCCUACGUGAACACCCCGCAGACCGCCGCCGACAUGAACAGCAUCCUCGAGGCGGUCGGCCAGGCCGACGAGGGCUUGUAUUACUGGGGCUUCAGCUAUGGCACCCUGCUGGGGCAGACCUACGCGACCAUGUUUCCUGAGCGCGCGACGAGGGUCAUCAUUGACGGUGUGGUGAACCAGUUUGAUUGGUACGACUCGCUGCUGGAUCGGGAGUCGCUGGCCGACGUGGACCGCGUGUUUGAGGGCUUUGCGGACGAGUGCAUCAAGGCGGGAGAAGAGAACUGCGCCUUGGCCGGGUUUGCGAAUUCGAAGGAAGAGCUGGCGAAGCUGGUGGUGGAGCGCGUCGAGCGGCUGAAGGAUGACCCGAUCGGGGUGUACGUCAACAACACGCUGUACGGCGUGCUCGACUACUGGGCCGUGUGGUACAAUGGCGUGUUUCCGGCGCUGUACAAGCCGGCGAUAUGGAAGGAUCUCGCAAGCAACCUCGCAUUGCUGUUCCGCGGCAACGCAACCGCUGCCUUCCUCGCCUAUGGCAGGGACGGGGUAUGGGAUGAUUUCGGCGACGCGACCAAGUUCAUUACUAUCAACGACGGGGCGUCUGGCGCGGCCAGGUGGCCGGUGGAUCGCGUAGGGCUGCUCGAUCAGCUGCUGCCCUUCUUUAACCAGUCCCUGUUCGGCGGACUUGAGCUCAACUUCUACUUCUCUAAGCAGGCGUGGGUGAUUCCACGCACACACAGCUACGGUCCCAAGCGCGGGAUCAAGACGGCAAACCCGCUGCUGGUGCUGACGACAACGUACGACCCGGUGUGCCCGCUGAUAUCGGCGCGCUCGGCAAACGACGCGUUCGAAGGGUCCCGAAUUGUCGAGGUCAAAGGGUACGGGCAUUGUUCACUGGCGGUGCCAUCUAUGUGCAUCGCUCGGCAUGUACGGGACUUCUUGUACGACGGGAAGCUGCCCGACGACAAUGUUCAGUGCGAAGCGGACGGCAAACCUUACUUUUCGAAGCCUGAAGAUGAGAAGGCUCUUGUUGACGCCUUGUCGCUGGGAGAGGAGGAAAGGCGCAUUCGGCUUGCACAGCAAGAACUCGCCAGGGACUCGUGGCUGAAGCCCUGGUGGUAGGGAACGCUGCCGCCUCGCUGUCGAUCCCUCAGUGUUCUUUGAAUCUUUGAUGGCGCUAUCUUAGUGCUGCGACCGUGGUCAAUGUUAGUCAAAUAACCUCAACAUAUGCCUUGAUUCU